AUGGCAGAUGGCAGAAUUAAAGACUCGCAGAUCACAGUUACUAGUGUUCUUAUAACAGCAUAUGGUAGACUGGCUCGUCUACGCCAAAAUAUUCCAAAUUGGGGAGCAUGGUGUCCAGUUGUCAGUGGAGGGUCAAGAUCUUAUAGGAAUUACGACCAGCAUAUUCUGAUUGAUUUGUUAAAUCUGACAAAAAUCACAGGAAUUGCGACACAAGGACGACAAUAUAAUGGAGGAAGAGAAAAGGUUAAGGACUAUAAACUAUCAUACAGAAAAGAUGGUGGAGCAUGGCAUUUUUACCCAGGAAAAGAUCAAACUGCGAAGGUAAAUUUGAUAAAGUUGAUUUUUGGAAUGACAUUUUGCAUGAAAUUUAUACAUACACAUCUUUGUGACCUUAUUGCGGAAUCCUCUGAACCUAAAAAUUCUGGUGCAGCUAACAUGCAGGUUUGUCUACAUGUUGCUCAUUUUAGUCUCAUGUGAAUAAACACAACAAAGAACAUGGAUCAUCUAUUCUGGACAAACUUUGCAAAAAAAGAUAGUUCAUCUGAUAAUAGUUUGUUUAGAUAGCUUAUUUAGUAGUUUACACUAAGACAGAUGAUGCAUCUUGAUGGCUUAUCCAAAUGUUAAAGUAUCUACUCUUUUUCAGAUAUUUCUUGGAAACACUGAUGUAUCCACUGUUGUACAACAUGAUCUAGACCCUACAAUUAUGGCAAGGUAUAUAUCAGGGUUCAUCCAGGUUAUGAUACGGGUGCCAAUACAUGUAUGAGGCUUGAGCUGUAUGGUUGUGUGGUUGAACAAGGUUUGUGGUAAUUUUGUUUUCUUUUAUUUACCAUGUUAUAUUGUGUAUAUAAAGUAUAUACUGUUAUGGUAUAUAAUAUAUUGUACUCUUUUACUAUUCUAGUUAUUCUUUCCUACUCAAUGCCAGUUGGGCAAACAACCAAGAAUGGCAAAGUACACUACAAUGACACAUCUUAUAAUGGAGUAAUUACCAAUGGUUUUUACAGCAAUGGCACUGGAAUACUCACAGAUAUCAAGUUUGGUCCUGCUAACUCGAAAGAAUUUCGAGGCACAGGAUGGGUGGGAUGGUCUUCCUUUUUUACUCAAGCACAAUAUAUCGACAUUAUAUUUGAAUUUUCUGGUAUGAGAAAGUUCACAAAUGUUACACUAACUGUGAAUGUUGCCAAGAAACGUUAUAGUGCUGUAUUUAAUCAAUCAUGGAUAUUCUUUUCUUCAACCGAAGACAGUUUCUCAAACACAUCAUUUCUUCAAUACUGUCCAAGAGAUUUUCCAGCACAAGAUAAUUUUUACAAUGCAAAUGUAAGUUUGUCACUUUGUGAAAAUACAGCAAGGUUUUUGAAGUUGCGGUUAUAUUUUGGUGGAGAGUGGUUGCUAAUCACUGAGAUCAGUUUUAAUUCAGGUAUUUUGGCUCGCUAAUUGUGUCUUGGUCUUGAGGCUGACAAUGUGAUUCUAUAACUUUCUAUAUUUAUUUAUAAGUUAUAGAUAAGUCAUUGUCAGACUCCAGCUUCUAUACUCUAAAUCCAACUGAUAAAAGUAAUAUUUUCUGUAGUUUUGAAAUAAACGGAUUCGCACAUGUACCAAUUCUAGUAUAAAACUUUAUAAUAAAUUUGAAAACCUAAUUUUUGCUUGUUAUUCUUUGACAUUGUUAGUUCCUGCCAGUAAAGAUGAGAAGAUAUCACUGAGUUGUUCAGGCAAAACGUCUCGUUCUUCUCAGGCUGUAACUCUACCUAUACAACACGUUUACAAAUUUAUACCACAGCAAGUCCUGACAAUCCAACAACGACCAUCCCUCAAAUAAAUCCCAAACCAAAACCUGGAUAUGAUAGCG